AUGUGUUGUACUGGUGGAAAUGUAUCAUUUUCACGAGUUAAUGCUCCUAUAGAAUUGCAACAAUUAUUUUUGGAUGGUUCAGUAGAAGGAAGGCAUUUUAGGCAACAUAUUCGAAGUUACAACCAUGUGCUCUCAUUCACUUCAAUUGGUGUUCACGUUGAUGAGAAUAUUCUUGCAUCUGGUCGUGGUAUAUAUACAUUUCGUGCUCAAGGUGCUUUUUACCAUAACAUAGGAGGUUUCUAUCCAAAUGAGGGUGCCAGACCGCGUUUCUUACAGCUAUACAUCUACGACACAGAUAAUGAGCUACAUAAUAGAAUGCAGGAAAAUCCACAACUCCACCAAAACGUAGUUCAAAAAUUACAAAAAAUGCUCCAUCAGUUUAAUCCUUUUGUAAUUAGGUUCAAACAACUGUCACAACUUCCAAAUAUCGGUGAAUGUAGCUUCAUACUUAAAGAGCGUCCAAGUAAUCACCAUUAA